UCGCGCCGAGGUGAAAGGUAACCGGAAGUGACGUUGUGGGGUAAAUAAAAAGCGGGAACAAGAGCCCUUUUUUUCGCUGCCAUAUUUUAAACUGAAGCGGUUAGAAAUCCAGUGAAAUAUUCGGAGUAGUUUGUUGGCUCGGUACAUAUUCUUCCUGUUCGGCUCCUGCGAGUCCGUUUUAAUUUAUAGGCGGCAAGCGAACAGGAUCCUGAGGGAGCGUUUGAAAUGGCGGAUCAGGAACCGAGCGCCUCCACGUCCAGCAUCGCAGGCAGUGCCGAGGGAACUGAUGGUGUGGAAGCUAUGAAGUUACUUGGGGCAGGCAAAAGGCACAUGGUAAUGGAAGACUUUGCAGCAGCUGUCAAUGCCUUUCAGGAUGCAUGCAGGCUGUUGAGUACUGCACAUGGAGAAAUAGCUGAUGAAUGUGGAGAAGCCUACUUCUGUUAUGGAAAAGCUCUUCUAGAGUUGGCAAGAAUGGAGAGGGGUGUGCUUGGCAAUGCCCUUCAAGGAGUUCCUGAUGAUGAUGAUGAUGAUGAGGAGGAUGAAGAUGAUCAAGAAACAGCAACAGCCGAGGGCCCCAAGAUAGAAAAUGCAGCAAAUGUAGAUGAAAAAGAGAGGGAAGAAUUGAGGGAACAGGUCUAUGCAGCACUAGCUGAAGAACAGAUUAAUAAGCCAGCAGAAACCAAUGUACAAGUUGAAAACAUUUCUAGUGAUGAGGAUGUAGACCAUGAAGAAAAAACAGAUCCUCCAGAGAAAGCUGAUAAAGUGAACACUCUUGCAAAGGAGCUUCACACAACUCAAAGUGAAAUAAGGAUGGAAACUGGAUCUUUGGAUGACCUUGAUAAGGAUGGUAAAAGUGAACCAAUGGAUGAAGUGGGUUCUCAUCAGGAAAGUGGUGAUGGUGUUAAAGAGGAAGAUGUGGAGCAAUGUCUGGAGGACAAAAACAUUUCGGCUAAAGAGAUUAUUGCGCCAGAAGAUGGGGAUGAGAAGGCAAUUACUGAUGCAUCAGUGGAAAGUGGUAAAAUUGACCUGGAAAGAAAAAUCUGCCUUCCCUUAGAAAAAGACACCCAAAAAGUUCAAGACAAAUUGAAUGAGAAGCCAUCACAAGAGAACAUCAAAGGUGCUGACAGUGAAGGAAACAAAGUCACGGAGAAGUCUGAUAGCAAGCAAGAGGAUGGAACUACAGGAUGUGAGGAACCAAUGGAUGAGGGUGAAGGUGCUCAUGCAGCAGAUGCUAGUGAAGGUGAUGAUGAGAAUGAAGAUACUACAGAAAAGGAUGGUGAAAGUGAAGAGGUGGACAAUUUGCAGUUAGCUUGGGAAAUGCUUGAACUGGCAAAAAUCAUCUUCAAAAGACAGGAAACCAAAGAAAUACAGCUCUGUGCGGCACAGGCUUACCUGAAGUUGGGUGAAGUGGGAAUAGAGUCUGAGAACUAUGUACAAGCCAUUGAGGAUUUUAAUGAAUGCCUGACCAUUCAGGAAAAACACCUUGAUCCACACAACCGGCUGCUGGCAGAGACCCACUAUCAACUGGGGCUAGCAUACAGUUUUAAUAAUCAACAUGAUUUCUCUCUAAAGCACUUCAAAGACUCUUUCAGUGUUAUAGAGAAAAGGUUAGCUAUGUUAACAGAAAGAAUUGAAAAAGCAGAGGAGAAAGGCAAAUUGCCAGCAAAAGAUAAUGAGACGGUUUCUGAAGAUAAGCAGGAAGUUGAAGAACUUAAAGAGCUGUUACCAGAAAUAAAGGCAAAAAUUGAGGAUGCAGAAGAAUCCAAAGAUGGGAAAGCAACCAAGGCACUUCAGGAAACCUUGGUCAGUUCAAGAACACCUGCAUUUCCGGUGACAGAAACCAUUGCAAACAGUGCUCCAACGUCAGCUAUUCAGUCUGGAAAAAUGGGUGAAGCACCUACAUCAAGCUCAAAUUCUGUAUCCAACAUCUCUCACCUAGUAAGGAAGAAGUCCUCAUUACAGAGGAAGCCAGAAGACUCUGAGAGGGACACUAAGGAUCCUAAAAAAGCGAAGCAGGAGGAGUCUUCAGUGAAUGGUGGAUGUGGUGAUGCCCAUGACAAGAAUGGAGUUCCUGCGAAAAUGGAAUCAGAAGAAAUUGCUUCAAAGAAAUCUGACCCAGAAGCUCAAAGUACAAGUUAAUAUUUAGAUAGUUGGCAUACUCCACCACAUACAGGACUGUUUUUGUAUAUAAUGUAUUUUUGAUUGGCUUUUUGAACUUUUUGUAACAUUGUGGAAAUCUUCAAUAAAGAUGUCAUUUGCAAAUUUGGGUCUCAGUUAAC